AUGUCAGGGGCUGGGGGUGAUUCGGUUGAUGACCUCAACUUCGCCACCCUGGAGAGCAACGGGCUCCUGUUUUACAACGGACGCUUCAACGAGAAACACGACUUCAUCGCUCUGGAGAUACAGGAUGGACAAGUGAUGCUGAAGUACUCCACAGGGGAGCUGUCCACUCAGGUGAGCCCCUUCCUACCAGGUGGGGUGAGUGAUGGAGAGUGGCACACCGUCCACAUCCACUACUACAAUAAGCCCAGUACUAUAGGUCGCUAUCCCCGGCGCAGCUCCAGCGGCGAGCCCCAGGGUCCGUCGGACGAGAAGGUGGCGGUGGUGAGCGUGGACGACUGUGACACGGCCGUGUCGCUGCGCUUCGGCCCGCAGCUGGGGAACUACACCUGCGCCGCCCAGGGCCAGCAGACCAGCAGCAAGAAGUCCCUGGAUCUGACGGGCCCCUUGUUCCUGGGUGGGGUCCCCAACGUGCCGGACAACUUCCCGUUCGGGGCAAGGGAGUUCAUUGGCUGCAUGAAGGACCUCCACGUGGAUAGCAAGCCUCUGGACCUGGCGGCCUUCAUCGCCAACAACGGCACCGUCCCUGGCUGCAGUGCGAAGCUACCUUUCUGUAAGUCCAACCCCUGCCAGAACGGAGGAACUUGCAGCGACAGCUGGGAGACCUUCUCCUGUGAGUGCCCCCUGGGGUUCGGAGGAAAGGACUGCAGCCAUGCCAUGCGCCAUGCCCACCGGUUCCUUGGAAACAGCGCCCUCUGGUGGGACCUGAAGAACGACGUGACCAUCUCCACCCCCUGGUACCUGGGUAUGGUGUUCCGGACCAGGGCCCGUGACGGGACCCUGCUACAGGCCCAGGCGGGCCAGUACACCAGUCUGCUGUUCCAGGUGGUGAACGGUCAGCUGGUGUUCUCGGUGACCCGCGGCUCCACCCGGCCCGUGCGGCUCAAGCUGGACCAGGUCCUGGUGGCGGACGGCCGCUGGCACGACCUGCAGCUGGAGCUCAGGGACGUGCGGAGCGGCCGGGAGAUGCGCUACGUCGCCACGCUGCGCCUGGACUUUGGCCUCUACCAGGGAACGGUGAUCGUGGGGAAUGAGAUCCACGGGCUGAAGGUGAAACACCUGCAUGUGGGCGGAGUCCUGGGCUCGGGGGAGGUGCAGAACGGCAUCAAGGGAUGCAUCCAGGGCGUUCGCCUGGGGGUGAGGCCGGAUGCCCCUCCCCUUCCCCAUCCAUCAAAGUCUGUCAAGGUGGAGAAAGGCUGUAAUGCGGGAACUCCCUGCAGCUCCUCCCCUUGCCCCGCCCACAGCCUCUGCUCUGACCAAUGGGAGCGACAUGCCUGCAUUUGCGAGCCUGGCUACUACGGUAGGGGCUGUACGGACGCCUGCCACCUCAAUCCGUGUGAGAACACCGCCCAGUGUCACCGCAAGCCCAGCACCUCCCAUGGCUACAGCUGCGACUGUGGGGACAAUCACUACGGACAGUACUGCCAGCACAGGAUUGACCACCAGUGUCCCAGAGGUUGGUGGGGGUCUCCCACCUGCGGACCGUGUCACUGUGACGUCACUAAAGGCUUUGACUCUGACUGCAACAAAACCAGCGGAGUCUGCCACUGCAAGGAGUUUCACUAUUGGCCCCGGGGAAGCGACUCCUGUCUGCCGUGCGACUGCUACCCGGUUGGCUCCUUCUCCAGGUCAUGUGACCAGGAGGUGGGCCAGUGCCAAUGCAGGCCCGGAGUGAUUGGCCGACAGUGCAACCUGUGCGACAACCCAUUUGCCGAGGUCACCAAUUCAGGCUGCGAAGUGAUCUAUGACGGUUGUCCCAAGACCAUCACGCUGAGCAUCUGGUGGCCAAGGACCAAGUUCAACCUGCCGGCCGUGGUGGCCUGUCCUAAAGGAUCCAUCGGCGCUGCCAUCAGACACUGUGACCAGGAGAGGGGCUGGCUGGAGCCGGACCUGUACAACUGCACCUCUCCCCCCUUCGUGGAGCUCAACAUCCCCCUGGAGUCCCUGGAGCGCAACGAGACGGAGCUGAGCACCAUCGUGGAGAAGAAGCUGGCCCACCAGCUGCGCGAUGUCACCGAGGCCACGUCCCGUCUCUACGGCAACGACCUGCAGAUCGCCGAGCGGCUGCUGUCCCGCCUCCUGGCGUUCGAGACGCAGCAAACGGGCUUCGGACUCACGGCCACGCAGGACGCCCACUUCAACGAGAACAUUCUCCGCGGCUGCAGCGGCGUGCUGGGGGCGGACACGGCCGGGCUGUGGCGCGCCCUGGCCCAGAACCAGAACCACCCGCUGGCCGGGGGCCCCGGGGGGCUGGCGGAGCUCCUGGAGCAGUACGCCCAGACCCUGGCCCAGAACAUGAAGCUGACCUACCUCAACCCCGUGGCCUUAGUGGCCCCCAACAUAGUGAUGAACCUGGACCGCGUGGAGAACCACACCCACGUGCGCCGGCGUUUCCCCCGCUACCACGCCCCUUUGUUCCGCGGCCAGGCCCUGUGGGACCCCCACACCCACGUGGUGCUGCCCCCUGCUGCCCUGGUGCCGCAACGACACCAGCAGCACAGCUGGAAGGAGAGGGAGCGCAUGGAGAAAGAGCUUCCCCUGAGCGUCGCUCCCGCCCCCGUCAGCGUCUCAGCCAAUCAGACGGUGGAGUACGCCGCGGCCAGGCGCACUGUUUCGCUGCCCGAGCCGCCAAUCACCAUCGUGAUCCUGCUUAUCUACCGCAGCCUGGGGUCCGCCCUCCCUCCGAAGUACCACACUGACCGCCGGGGCGUCAGAUUGCCCAGACAUCCAGUAAUGAACUCCCCAGUGGUCAGCGUGUCCGUGUAUAACAACCAGACCUUUGUGGGCGGGCACUUGGACCAGCCCCUCCUAUUGGAGUUCAAGCUCCUGGAGACGGCCAAUCGCAGCAAGCCUCUUUGUGUGCAGUGGAAUCACAGCAGCACGUCUGAGUCGGGGGGUUGCUGGACGGUGCGGGACUGCAUCGUGGUGUACAGGAACAUGUCCCACGUCCGCUGUCAGUGCCACCGGCUGGGAACCUUCGCGGUGCUGAUGGACAGCUCCCACAGAGAGCAGCUGGAGGGGGACCUGGAGACCCUGGCGGUGGUGAGCUACGCGGCGCUGGUGGUGUCCAUGCUGGCCCUGCUGCUCACCGUGCUGCUGCUGUCCUGCCUGCGCGGCCUCAAGUCCAACACGCGCAGCAUCCACUCCAACAUGGCCGCCGCCGCGCUGCUCUCCCAGCUCGUCUUCCUGCUGGGCAUCAACCAGACCGAGCAGCAGUUCCUGUGCACGGUGGUGGCCAUCCUGCUCCACUACUUCUUCAUGUCGACGUUCGCCUGGAUGUUCGUGGAGGGGCUCCACGUGUACCGCAUGCAGACGGAGCAGCGCAACAUCAACUACGGCGCCAUGCGCUUCUACUACGCCAUCGGCUGGGGCGUGCCCGCCAUCAUCACCGGCCUGGCAGUGGGGCUGGAUCCAGAGGGCUAUGGGAACCCGGAUUUCUGCUGGAUCUCCAUCUACGACAAGCUAAUCUGGAGCUUCGCUGGACCUAUCGCCAUAGUGAUUCUGAUGAACGGAGGGAUGUUCCUUAUCGUGGCCAAGAUGUCCUGCAACCCCUCGCAGAAGGAGACCAAGAAACUGCCGGUCAUCUCUACGAUCCGUAAUGCCUUCCUGCUGCUGCUGGUGACCACGUCCACCUGGCUGUGUGGCCUGAUGGCCGUCAACAACAGCAUCCUGGCCUUCCACUACAUCUUCGACGUGCUCUGCCUCGUGCAGGGUCUGUCUGUGCUGCUGGUGUUCACGGUUCUGAACAGCGAGGUCCAGGAGGCCUGGAGGGCGGUGUGUCUGGGCAAGAAGAGUCCCGGGGAGGACCCCCCGAGACCUCCCCAGCCCGCCGGUCAGAACCCCUACAACAACGCGUCCCUCCUGGAGCAGAGCGGUUUGCAGCGCAUCACCCUGGGAACCUCCACCGUCUCCUCCGUCAGCUCCGCCAGGGAGAACCUCCUGGCCCGGCAGACCCUGGAGCAGAACAUCGGUCUCACGGGGGCCACCGACCUGGACGUGGCCAUGUUCCACCGAGACGGAGGUGAGGACUCUGACUCAGACUCUGACCUCUCCCUUGACGAGGAGCGUAGUCUCUCCAUCCCGUCGUCCGAGAGUGAGGACAACGUGCGUCUCCGCGGACGCAUUCAGCGUCGCUUCAAACGCUCCAAUCACAGAGAGCGACUGCUCACAGAGCCCGCCCAGAACGGCACCAAAGACCUGGACGGCAACGACCUGCUGUCCUAUUGGCCCGCCCUGGAGGAGAGCGACAACCGCAGCCUGCAGAAGUGGGGCUCGGAGCGCCCUCUGGGGGCCGACUACAGUAAGGACGCCGCCAACAACAACCAGCCCGACGCCUCGCUCACUAGCGGGGACGAGAGCGGCCUCACGCAGCCAGGCAGGCACCGCAAGGGUAUCCUGAAGAACCGUGUGGGCUGCCCCCCAGCCCUGCAGGGCCGCGGCCCCAGCGAGCUCAACUGGUACCGGACCUCCACGCUGGGCCACCGCGGCGUGCCGGCCGCCUCCUACGGCCGCAUGUACUCCCACGCCACGGGCUCGGCCGGCGGCGGCGGGGGCGGCGGCGGCGGAGGCAGCGGCUCCCUCUCGCAGCCCGCCUCGCGCUACUCGUCCCGGGAGCACCUGGACUCCCUGGCCCGCCGCCAGCUGACCCGGGACCCGCUGGGCCGGCCCACGGUGGGCGGGUCGCGGGACCGCCUGGACUCCCGCGGCUCCCGGGACAACCUGGACCUGCUGCCCCGGCGUAGGGAGCUGGGCCCGGGGGGCGGCGGCGGCGGAGCGGGGCCGGACCACCAGCGGGUGUCGUCCUCCAGGGAGAACCUGGCGGGGUCCCGGGACCGGCUGGACUACCCGCCCCACGCGGGCAGCGCCCACGCCUCGCGGGAGGACCUGAGCGGGGGCGGCGGGGAGGGCUACCUGGGGGGGUCCCGCUCGCAGCUCAACACGCUGACCCGGCGGCAGGCCACGUCCCGGGAGCACCUGGCGGCGGGCGGGGGGGCGCUGGUCAGCAGCCGGUCCCGGGAGCAGCUGGAGACCAACGGAGGAGGAGGAGGAGGAGGAGGGGGGGGAGGGGGGUCCCAGGCCCAGCCCUGCCGGGAGUGGCUCCGCACGCUGCCCCCCCGUACCCGGGCGCGCCCCCCCUGA